AUGGCCAACGAGGGCGAACGGCCAACCUCCGCCGACAAGGGCAAGGGCAAGGUUGAUGAUGUUCGUGAACAGACCGACAAGAACGCCGAGAAGGGCGAGAAAGCACCAGCCGAUGCAAACAAGAAGGAAGGAGAGGACGAAGAUGAGGAACUCAGCGAAGAAGACCAGCAAUUGAAGAGCGAACUCGAGAUGCUCGUUGAGCGUUUAAAGGAACCGGAUACAUCGCUCUACAGUGCUGCACUGGACGCAAUCAAGACAUUCAUCAAGACCUCCACAUCCUCUAUGACCGCUGUUCCUAAGCCCCUCAAGUUCCUCCGGCCGCAUUACGAUGACCUAUCCGGGCUAUAUGAAAAAUGGGCCGCGGGCCCUGUGAAGAACUCUUUGGCCGAUAUGAUGUCGGUACUCGGAAUGACCUACGGAGACGAGGAGAAGCUGGAGACCAUCAGAUACCGCCUCCUGGCCAAGUCCGAGGACCUUGGCUCUUGGGGACAUGAAUACAUUCGCCAUCUUGCUUUGGAGAUUGGCCAGGAAUAUCAGAACCGGUUGAACGCAGACCAGGAUACUCAAGAUCUAGUAGACCUUGCCUUGUCACUCGUCCCAUACUUCCUGAGCCACAAUGCCGAAGCCGAUGCUGUUGAUCUUAUGAGCGAGCUGGAAAUUAUCGAGGACAUCCCCCAAUUCGUUGACGAAAACACAUAUGCUCGGGUCUGCUUGUAUAUGGUCAGCAUGGUCAACCUCCUCACGUACCCCGAAGACCAGCAGUUCCUUCGAACCGCCCACGAGAUCUACGUCCGCUACAACAAACUCUCACAAGCGAUUGUACUCGCCAUCCGUCUGAACGACACCGAUCUCAUCAAGAGUGACAUCAAUGCGACGACAGACGUGUCUCUGAAGAAGCAGAUGGCUUUCCUUGUCGCUCGGCAACAGAUCUGGCUCGACCUUCCCGCCGAAGAUGAGGAGGGAGAGGCUCUGGCGGACUGUCUCAACAACACCUCUAUCCCCAACCACUUCAAGUCUCUCGGCAAGGAACUCAACAUUCUGGAUCCCAAGAUGCCGGAGGAUAUCUACAAGACACACCUUGAGAGCAGCCGCGGAGCCGGCCUCACGAACCUCGACUCUGCACGACACAACCUGGCCAGCGCUUUUGUGAACUCAUUCGCCAAUGCCGGCUUUGGUAACGAUAAGAUGAUGUUGAUUGAGGGUGAUAAGGGCCCGUGGGUUUGGAAGACUAAGGACGACGGCAUGCUUUCGACCACCGCGUCACUUGGUAUGCUGCUGCACCGUGAUGUGGAUGAAGGCCUUGACAAGAUCGACAAGUUUACCUACGCCCAUGAAGACCAAGUCAAGGCAGGUGCACUGCUUGCCAUUGGUAUCAUUAACUCCGGUGUUCGCGUUGAAUCUGACCCAGCUCUUGCCCUCCUGAGUGAUCCCGAGAACCUGGAGGCGAAGAGUGUUCCUAUGAGAGUCGCAUCCAUCAUGGGUCUUGGUCUGGCCUAUGCUGGCUCCAACAAGGAAGAGCUUCUCGAGGUUCUUCUGCCCAUCGUGGAAGACGCUUCACUAGACAUGCAGCUGUCAGCCAUGGCAGCUGUUUCACUUGGUCUCAUCUUCGUCGGUUCAUCAAACCACCAGGUCAGUGAGGCUAUCGCCACUACACUGAUGGAUGAAGAACGCCAGAAGCAGCUCAAGGAUAAGUGGACAAGAUUCAUGGCUCUUGGUCUGGCUCUCCUAUACUUCGGUCGCCAAGAGGAGGUCGACGUUAUCCUCGAUAUUCUCAAGGCCGUUGAUCACCCCAUGGCCAAGCCCACUUCCGUUCUUGCCUCAGUAUGCGCCUGGGCAGGCACCGGAACAGUCUUGAAGUUGCAGGAGCUUCUCCACAUUUGUAACGACAUUAUUGAAGAGAAGGAAGAGAACAAGGGCGAUGAACUUGUCCAAUCAUACGCCGUUCUCGGUCUUUCACUCAUUGCCAUGGGUGAGGAUGUUGGCCAGGAUAUGAUUCUCCGCCAGUUCGGCCACCUGAUGCACUAUGGCUCCAGCAACAUUCGCCGGGCUGUUCCCCUGGCCAUGGGACUGAUCAGCCCUAGCAACCCUCAGAUGAAGGUUUACGACACAUUGUCUCGAUACAGUCACGACAAUGACAACGAGGUUGCCAUCAACGCUAUCUUUGCCAUGGGUCUCUGUGGUGCCGGUACCAACAACGCCCGUCUUGCACAGCUUCUUCGGCAAUUGGCGAGCUACUACCACCGUGACCAGAACUCUCUGUUCAUGGUCCGCAUUGCCCAGGGUCUCCUCCACAUGGGCAAGGGUACUAUGACUCUCAACCCCUUCCACACCGACCGACAGGUCCUUUCCCGCGUCUCAGCAGCGGGAUUGCUCACUGUGCUUGUGUCUUUGAUUGAUGCCAAGCAAUUUAUCCUUGCUGAACACCACUACCUGCUCUACUUCCUCAUUACCGCCAUGUUCCCUCGCUUCCUUAUUACCCUCGAUGAGGAUCUUCAGCCUCUCACCGUCAACGUCCGCGUUGGCCAGGCUGUGGAUGUGGUCGGUCAGGCAGGUCGUCCCAAGACCAUCACUGGAUGGCAAACCCAGAGCACACCGGUGCUUCUGGCUCACGGUGAGAGAGCCGAGCUUGAGGAUGAGCAGUAUAUUCCUCUGAGUAGCACGCUUGAAGGCCUGGUUAUCUUGCGCAAGAACCCGGACUAUGAAAGCCCUGAAUAA